GAUAAAGAUAAUCACUGUUUCCUUUCAUUAUUCGCUUAUCAAACAUUUCUAUUGUUUUUUCACCCUCUCAUGGUCCUGCAAGUGUAACCGUUCGAUGUUGAUCAACGGACACUCGCAGAUUCGGCGGUGACCUCUGAAGAAAAGAACCCUUUUUUCAGAUAUAGAAGAUUUACAGAUUCCAUUUUUGUUUUCCGUCCAUCCUUGGAAAAAUAAGGAUCAUACCCAACAACCAUGAAAACCCAAGUAUUUGAUUAUUUGAUUUCUGGUCUCUAGUCGGUCUAUCUCUCUCCUGGGUCCAGGACAUGCAGAAAGGGAUCAAACCCAUCAAGGAAUAGCCUUGAGAUUUCGGAUAAUUUGGUCUGUCUCUUCUUGGGAUUGUCGUAUUAAUGGAGAUGCAGAAUAUUGAAUGUGUGCCAUCCACGGAUGUGAUGGAUGAGGAUGAGAUCCAUCACCACCAUACCCAGUUCCCUUCAAUAUCGGUUUCAAAGCCUCUCGGCAAUAUUCUGUCCCCGGGAAUUCUUUCCGGCACCACCAGUGUCCACGAGCUUCUCGAAUGCCCAGUUUGUACCAAUUCUAUGUACCCGCCGAUUCAUCAGUGCCAUAAUGGACAUACGCUCUGUUCAACCUGUAAAACAAGGGUGCAUAAUAGGUGCCCCACCUGUAGGCAGGAGCUUGGAGAUAUAAGAUGUCUAGCAUUGGAGAAGGUGGCUGAAUCACUCGAACUGCCUUGCAAGUACAUGUCACUUGGAUGCCCUGAGAUAUUUCCAUACUAUAGCAAACUCAAACACGAGUCCUUGUGUAACUUCAGACCAUACAACUGCCCAUAUGCUGGAUCAGAGUGUUCUGUUGUUGGGGAUAUCCCCUUUCUCGUUGCUCAUUUGAGGGACGAUCAUAAGGUGGAUAUGCAUUCGGGAUGCACUUUUAACCAUCGUUACGUCAAGUCGAAUCCUCGUGAAGUGGAAAAUGCUACAUGGAUGUUAACUGUAUUUCACUGCUUUGGUCAAUACUUCUGUCUCCAUUUUGAGGCUUUCCAUGUCGGGAUGGCUCCUGUUUAUAUGGCAUUCCUCCGUUUCAUGGGUGAUGAGAUAGAAGCCCGGAACUACAGCUACAGCCUGGAGGUGGGAGGUAAUGGCAGGAAACUGAUUUGGGAAGGCACUCCAAGAAGCAUAAGAGAUAGCCACCGAAAGGUUAGGGACAGCCAUGACGGCCUCAUCAUACAGCGUAACAUGGCCCUCUUCUUCUCUGGCGGGGAUAGGAAAGAGUUGAAACUACGAGUUACGGGUCGGAUAUGGAAAGAACAGCAAAAUCCAGAAGGCGGGGCGUGCAUACCCAACCUUUGUAGUUAGCAGUCUUAUCUCUCUCUCUUGUGUGUGCUGAAUUUCUUCUUGUGGUAAUAAUACAUACAUAUAUUUGAGAAUCCUUGUACUCUUGUUGAACUGGACGCUUGACCUUUUAUAAGUUGUCAAUAAGCUUCCUUUCUCAUUUGCCAGACUUGGAUUCCUGCCAUUUUAAUGAAGUUUCAGAUAUACAGCCUAUUGUAAAUGGUGGGAAUAUUUCAAACUGUAAUUUGAUUUUUGUUUGCGUCUCUGGACCAUC